UUUAUUUUCCCCAAACUUCGCCCCUCUCAUUUCACAAUCAAAAAAACAAAAUGGUAGUAGCCAUUUCAGUCAGAAGAAAACCCAGAUCAUACUGAAGAGCCUCUGUAGCGACAUUGUUUCAUCUCUCUCAGACACUCUUCCUCCGAUUGUUCACUAGAAAUCCUUGGAAUUUAGGGGCGUUUUACAUUUGGGAGUCUGUUGCAAAGAGAACUGUUGACGGAUUAUAGAUGGCGCCCAAUCCGAAAGUAGUAGCAGCCUAUCGUGCAAUGUCAAGUCUUGGGAUUUCUGAAUCACAAGUGAAACCAGUGUUAAAGAAACUUCUCAAAUUAUAUGAUAAAAAUUGGGAACUUAUUGAGGAAGGGAACUAUAGAGCUCUUGCAGAUGCUAUAUUUGAAGGCGAUGUUUCUGAGGAGCCUGAACAUCCAAAGAAAAACAAGAGAGUUAAUGUACAUAACUUUCAUCAUUCUUUGUUGGAAGAAGAGGCAGAGGCUGAAGAAGCUCUUAUAAAUGUUGAACCUGCUCAACCUUUGAAAAGAUUGAGAUUAAGAGGACAAGAGAACAAUUCCCCUAGUUCAGCUCCUUCCCCGUCAAAGAAGCCUCACAUUGAAAAGGCCACAGCACUUGAGGGAAGCUCUGCACAGAGGCAUCAAAACAAAGCAGUGUCAUCAGAUGGAAACACGAGGAUUGCAGCACGUCCAGGUCCAAUGCAAGAUGCUAGUUCUGACAGAGGAAAGCAACCUGCAUUGCCUCAAGAUUCUCUUAGAGGGAGAAAACCUAUAUAUGAAACAACAGUUCAACCUGGAAGGCUUAUGUUACCAAGCAACCAAAUGCCUCAUGCAUUGAUUGUACCUAAAGAUGAGCCUGUUGAUGAAUUGCCUGAUUAUGAGCGUCCCAUUGCAAUGGUUCCUCCUGAACCUACAAGUUUAAGGCAUUCAUCAACGAAGAGUGGUAUUAAUAGAAAGCAAGGUGGCCAUGUCUCUGAGACAUCAUCACAGCAGAAAAAUGGAGUUAGAGAUAAAGAAGUGGCUUCUGAUGUUGUGAUUGCCUCUUCAGCUCAGGGAGAAGUAAAACUUUCUCUGAGCUACAGCUCAGCUAUUCAAGGUCCAGAUUUUCGCAUGCCUACUCAGGAACAGCUUCUAAAGAUGAUGGAGGAUAGAUGUCUGCGAUCAUAUAAAAUCACUGACCCUAAUUUUUCUGUCGCGAAAAUGUUUAGGGAUAUAUGUGAUUGCAUGUUGGAAUUCAGUACUGAUUCAAAUGAUAACUCACAAGAAAGUUGUAUGACAAGACCAACCAUGGAUGUGUUGAAGGAAUCAGAGGCUAAUGGCACUCCGGGUGUUGGGGGAAGUAAGGAUUUGGACACGGGGUCUCACUCAUCUAAUGGAUCAAUCCAAGUUAAUUCUUUUUCUGCCUUGGUUUCCCCUCGAGGCCCCUAUUCGCCAGCCCAUCAGAGCGCUUUGGAUGAUGCUGCAAUGAUUUCCAAGAUGGACAUCUCAAAAGAUAUUCCACAAAGUGAUGUUGGAAUGCAGCCGGAGGAUCCCGUGUCUCCAAAUUCAAACAGUUUAGUAGUCGUUCCACGUCAUCAGCUUACAGUAGAUGAUAUAAGGUCUUUUCAUGAUGUUCAUGACAUUACAAAAGGUGAAGAGAUUAAUCAAAUUCCGUGGGUGAAUAAAACUACUAAUGAUUUCCCACCACCUUUCAACUACAUACCCCAAAACCUUGUAUUCCAAGAUGCUUAUGUUAACAUUUCUCUAUCACGUAUUGGGGCCGAGGACAGUUGUCCCUGCAUAGGAAGUUGUGUCUUGUUGUCAACACAUUGUGCCUGUACAGAUAAAACUGGGGGUGAAUUUGCAUAUACUGCUCAAGGCCUGCUAAAGGAAGAAUUUUUGGAAGAGUGCAUUGCUAUCAGUCACAACCCUCGACAACAUUGCUUUUAUUGCAAAGAUUGCCCACUUGAAAGGUCCAAGAAUAAUGGUUAUUUGGAACCAUGUAAAGGACACUUAAAGAGAAAGUUUAUUAAAGAAUGCUGGAGAAAAUGUGGCUGUGGGAAACAAUGUGGCAAUCGCCUUAUUCAGCGAGGAAUAACAUGCAACUUGCAGGUAUUUUUCACUUCAGAAGGAAAAGGAUGGGGUCUUCGUACUUUAGAGGACCUGCCAAAAGGAGCAUUUGUAUGCGAGUUUGUUGGAGAGAUUUUAACGAUUAAAGAGUUGCAUGAGAGGAACAUAAAAUGUGCUGAAAAUGAGAAAUCUACUUACCCAAUUCUACUGGACACGGAUUGGGAUUCAGGGUUUGUGAAGGAUGAAGAAGCUCUAUGCUUAGAAGCAGCGUCCUUUGGCAACAUUGCUAGGUUUAUUAAUCACAGAUGUUCUGAUGCAAACUUGGUUGAAAUACCAAUUCAAAUUGAGUGUCCAGAUCGCUAUUACUAUCAUUUUGCCCUUUUCUCUUCCAGAAAAAUAGCAGCACAAGAAGAACUCACUUGGGAUUAUGGCAUUGACUUUGACGACCAUGAUCAACCUGUCAAACUGUUUGAGUGCAAAUGUGGCAGUAAGUUCUGCAGGAAUACGAAGCGAUCAAACGGGUCCACUAGAUCUGCGUCAAUUUCUGGGUGAUAGUUUUUAUCACUGUAACAAGACCCAAACUACUUCAGUGAUAGCUUUUUUGGGGGAAUCUUACCUAUGGCGGUUGGGCAGUAGUUACUUUGUACAGUUUUGUUUUAAGUACUAUUAGGCAGUGUUUUCCAAAAAAAGACAAAUGGAUUAACCUUCAUUUUGGUCCUUAGUUAAGAUGCUUGUAUCUUCAAUUUGGGAUACGUGAAGCUAUAUGUUGUUGUAUUCGUAGGGCUCUGUAACAUUCGUCUUACAUCAACAAAAUAUCAUGCUGAGAAUUAUUAUUAGUGGUUUA